AUGGAGAAUGAUAUUGUGGCUACUCACCUAGUCAAUCGCCUCUUCAACUGGAAUGAAGAUCCGACAUCUCCGUAUGCGCCAGCAUGGACCUCGAUCCUGCUACGCCAAGACAAUGAGGCGGAACUAUCAACGGCCUCUGUACGUGCUUUAGGCGCAGUCUAUUUUGCCAAGGUCCACAAGCAAUAUCAGCUCAUGCGAAAAGGCGCAUUAUUCUAUGUCCAUGCACUCAGGACAUUGCAAACCCAACUUCAACGCCAAGACCAGGCUGUGGGCGAUGAUGUACUCCUUGCUAUCAUUUGCCUAAGUAUCUAUGAGUUGAUAACACUCACCCAGCCUAGAGGUUGGCUUUUUCAUUAUCAAGGACUGGCGAGACUGAUGGCGCUAAGAGGACCCUAUCGACAUCAAUCAGGCAUUGCAUUCGCUAUGUUGCCCACCCUCAGGUCGUGCGUUGCCAUAGGGUAUAUUGUAGAACGAAAACGAUGCUUCCUCGAGGAUCCAGCGUGGAAGACUACGCCAUGGGCCGAGCGAGGCCUUGACUCGAAAACGCCUACAGACCUGCUGCAUGAUAUCCUUUGCGAUAUCCCCGGCAAACUGCAGGAUCAAAGUGACGCCAUAUUGUGGGAUCCCAACAUCCCCGGGAAAGAAGAUGUCACAUCCCGGUUCAUUUCAAGAGUCUUCUCAACCUUUGAAGCUCUCUAUUCCUGGCGCUGGAGUUGGGAAUCGUUUUUUCCAUACUCGACCUUCACCACCAAACCUAUCGAAUACAGCUCUUCGGAUCCAAUCUCACUCCCUCCAAGUCCAUUCGAAUCUGUUAUCUGGUUCAGCGGUCCUGACCGCGCUACCGAGCUCAUUGUCUACAAUGCAUUACGUCUCAUUCUCACACGUGCUCUUCAGGUUGCAGGCGUUCAGCUAGACAAUGUUCAGCUUGAGGGAGUCAGUGACCCACUCCUUCCGAUGCAGGGGAGCAGGAAUGAUGUCGCAAUCGGGAUAUGUCGGAUGGUGGAUUUUCAUCUCGAAUCCUUACGCAGAAGCUCUGGCACAUUCAUGCUCAUAUUUCCACUGAAAGUCGCUUAUUUACACUUAGAUCAGGCUUCUACCGAGACCAGUGUUGGCUAG